AUGCGCUUCUUUUAUUUGCUCCCACUCUUCGCUUCGGCGGCAAUUGCUGCUGAUCAGGGCAAAGGUUGCGGAACAGUAGAUGCUAUAGAUUGUUCGGGGAAUAAUAUUGUAAAGUGCUACACUUUUCCGGGGAGAAGUGGACUGACCUGGAACUAUGUCGACUCAUGCGCGGACAGAGGACAAGUGUGUAGAUCUGGCGCUUGCGACACAAUUCCAAUCAGUGCCAACCAAGGCAAGGGCUGCGACUUGAAGAACGCCUUUGGCUGUUCUGGGAACAACAUUGUGCAGUGCUACACUUUCCCUGGGAGGAAUGAAAUGACCUGGAACUAUUAUCAAUCAUGUGCGGAUAAAGGCCAAAUUUGCAGCGGCAAUGUUUGCCAAGCUUGCUAA